CCUUCCCUCCCUCCGCCCCUUCCCCUCCCGGCCAUGGCGGGGCAGUCCCUGGUGCAGUACGUGGUGCUCCGCGGGGACCUGGCCCGCUCGUGGCCGCUGGGGGCCGUGGUGGCUCAGGGCUGCCACGCCGCGCUGGCCGCGGCCCACGCGUUCCGCGAGCACCCGGACACGGCGGCCUACCUGGAGAGGGGCGGCCACAUGAGGACUGUCGUGCUAGAGGCCCCGGACGAGGCGGCGCUGGCGGCGCUGGGGGCGACGCUGCGGGAGCUGCGCAUCGACCACCGGGCCUGGACCGAGCUGCCCGAGGGCGUCCCCACCAGGCUGGCCCUGCGGCCCUACCCCCGGGAGCAGGUCCAGAGGCACCUCCGGGGGCUCAGGCUGCUCCACUGAAUCCACCUGCACAUGGAAUUGUCGUCCCCACCGGGCUGGCCCUGCGGCCCUACCCCCGGGAGCAGGUCCAGAAACACCUCCGGGGGCUCAGGCUGCUCCACUGAAUCCACCUGCACAUGGAAUUGUCGUCCCCACCGGGCUGGCCCUGCGGCCCUACCCCCGGGAGCAGGUCCAGAGGCACCUCCGGGGGCUCAGGCUGCUCCACUGAAUCCACCUGCACAUGGAAUUGUCGUUCCCCAGCCCGGGGACACCGCGGACGGGUGGGAAGGGUUGGUUGGAAUCCGGGAUCCCGGAGGGAUUUUCCAGGCUGAGCAAUUCCAUUAAAGGUGGGAAUCUCCUUCCCCUCCCAACACUCUCAA